CUGCGAUACCAAAGUGUGAGUUACAUAAAAAUCAUACCUAGACUUGUUGGAAUUGAACGUGCACAACAGGGGCAUGACUCCUACGAAGUGAUGUAUGGAGAAAGUAUGAUUUCAGAAGAUACUCUGAGAAACCUACAGUCGUACGUCGAAGGGCGGCUAAAUGACUUCAAGGGCGCUGACGCCGUUAUGCUGAUCACCGGACACUCCAUGAUCAGCGUUAGCACUGGACAGAUCAGGACAGGUGUAGCAGGGUUAGCCAUGACUGGAGGUCUGUGCUCGAGGCGAAGGGUGGCGGAAAGCUUGGACGUCGGGAGAGGAUAUGCCGGAAUCGUUCAUCUAGCUCACGAGCUGGCGCACUUAAUGGGAUCAAGUCACGAUCAAGCGGCUCCCAUACCAGGCAUUCCAGGAAACCAAGGUGCAUACCAUUGCCGCUGGACUGAUGGACACAUCAUGAGCUACGACUUGAAGGACGAGAACCAGUUUACUUUUUCACAGUGCUCUCAGGAGCAGUUUGUGGUCUUCCUAAAGCUAGUCCCUCCACAUUGCAUAGAAAAUACUUGGACAGGCAAGUUGCCUAAGAACUCGCGUAGGUAUCCCGGUGACACUUUGUCCCGCAACAAAUUCUGCCGCAGGGAGUCUGGAUCACUACAAUCAAAGGAAUGCACCAAAAGAAGUGGAGAUGCUCUUUGCAAAAUAACGUGCUGCCCUGGAAAAGACCGGUACAGACGAAGCGUUGACAUGGCUGAAUACUGGUGCCUGGAUGGAACAAACUGUGGCAAAAACAAGGAAUGCUACAGCGGUUACUGCAAGGCCAAACGCAAGAAGUAAAGCAGCAUCGAACGAAAAGAGGCGAGCAGGAAAUUAAGCCAUUAGCAUUCAGUGUGCUUUCUAAACUACAGCAACGUUUUUUCUUUCUAUAUAAAUAAAUAAGCUCACUGCUA